AUGGCGAGCUUAGGAGGUAAAGUAGUACCAAACUUACGAGAUAAAUUUCGAAUAGUAUCCAAGGACUCGGUGCACUGGUUCCCUGGUCACAUGAGAAAGGGUCUGCGUCAGAUGCAGCAAAACUUAAAGAACGUCGACUGCAUAAUAGAGGUCCACGACGCGCGGGUACCAAUUUCGGGCCGUUGCCGAGACUUCAGAACCACUGUCAGCGGAUUGAAGCCGCACAUCUUAGUCCUGAACAAGAAGGACCUGGCAGACCUGACCAGAGCGGAGGAGUACCGCAAAAAUUUAGCUUCGGAGGGGUUCGAGCACGUGAUCUUCACCAACUUCAAGGACCAGAAGUGCCAAGGGAUGCAGUCGAUCCUCCCUCUGGCUAUUAAAUUAAUUGAAAAUUCUCCCCGCUAUAACAGAGCAGUAAGUCCGGAUUUCUCCGCGAUGAUUAUCGGAGUCCCUAAUGUGGGGAAAUCCUCGCUGAUAAACCGGCUGAGGAACAAAUAUUUGAAUAAAAAAAAUGCUACUGCUGUUGGAGCGGUCCCGGGAAUCACAAGGUCGGUGUUGACUAGGAUUAAAAUCUCCGAGAAGCCGCCGGUGUUUGUUCUAGACACUCCGGGGAUCCUCACGCCUUAUGUAAGGGAUGUUCUUUCCGGAUUAAAAUUAUCUCUGGUCGGCUGUCUCCAGGACCACUUAGUAGGCCAGGAAAUAAUCGCGGACUUUCUGCUGUUCUGGCUGAACAAGCAGAAAAAAUUCGAGUACGUUAAUCAGCUGAAGCUGUCCCAGCCUAAUGAUAAUAUCCUCGAAGUCUUGACAGAGAUUGCGAUGAACUUGAACAGGACCAAGAGGAUCAGGAACUUUGAUGGCCAGAGGAUCAUCAGGCCUGACUAUAUCUUCGCUGCGGAGCAUUUUAUCAAGACGUUCCGCAAUGGAGAGCUGGGCCCUGUUUGUCUUGACGAUGAUAUUGUUUAG